GCAGUGAGUGGGUUCGAAGAUGGCGGCGCGCGAGGGUCGGCGACGCACAUGUGAAACUGAGGAACCCAUGGAGGCAGAAACCGGCGACAGAGGGUCCAAGGGCCCGGCCCAGGUCUAUCUGCCCGGCCGGGGACCGCCGCUGCGCGAGGGGGAGGAGCUGGUCAUGGACGAAGAGGCCUACGUGUUGUACCACCGAGCACAGACCGGUGCCCCCUGUCUCAGCUUCGAUAUAGUCCGGGAUCCCCUGGGAGACAACCGGACAGAACUUCCUCUUUCACUUUACUUGUGCGCGGGAACCCAGGCGGAGAGCGCCCAGAGCAACAGACUCAUGAUCCUGCGAAUGCACAACCUGCAUGGGACGAAGCCCCCUCCCUCAGAGGACAGCGAUGAAGAGGAGGAGGAGGAAGAUGAAGAUGAAGAAGACAGGAAGCCUCAGCUGGAGCUGGCCAUGGUGCCUCACUAUGGUGGCAUCAACAGAGUCCGGGUGUCGUGGCUGGGCGAGGAGCCCGUGGCGGGGGUGUGGUCCGAGAAGGGCCAGGUCGAGGUGUAUGCGCUGCGGCGGCUGCUGCAGGCAGUGGACGACCCCCAGGCCCUGGCGACCUUCCUCCGGGACGAGCAGGCCCGCGUGAAACCCAUCUUUGCCUUCGCCGGCCACAUGGGCGAGGGCUUCGCCAUCGAUUGGUCCCCCCGGGUGUCCGGCCGCCUGCUGACAGGUGACUGCCAGAAAAACAUCCACCUCUGGACGCCCACGGACGGCGGCUCCUGGCACGUGGACCAGCGGCCAUUCGUGGGCCACACGCGCUCCGUGGAGGACCUGCAGUGGUCCCCUACCGAGGACACGGUCUUCGCUUCCUGCUCAGCUGACGCCUCCGUCCGCAUCUGGGACGUCCGGGCCGCCCCCAGCAAGGCCUGCAUGCUCACCACAGCCGCCGCCCACGACGGGGACGUCAACGUCAUCAGCUGGAGUCGCCGCGAGCCCUUCCUGCUCAGUGGCGGUGAUGACGGGGUCCUCAAGGUCUGGGACCUGCGACAGUUCAAGUCUGGCUCCCCGGUGGCCACCUUCAAGCAGCACAUAGCCCCCAUCACCUCUGUGCAGUGGCACCCCCAGGACGGCGGGGUCUUCGCAGCCUCGGGGGCAGACAACCAGAUCACGCAGUGGGACCUGGCCGUGGAGCGGGACCCGGAGGCUGGCGAGACGGAGGCGGAGCCCGGGCUGGCGGACCUCCCGCAGCAGCUGCUGUUCGUGCACCAGGGCGAGACCGACCUCAAGGAGCUGCACUGGCACCCGCAGUGCCCCGGCGUGCUGGUCAGCACCGCCCUGUCGGGCUUCACCGUCUUCCGCACCAUCAGCGUGUGAGACAGCGCCGCCCGCCGGCCUUCGCUCGGGCACCGCAGCGGGUCUCGUCGGCUUUGGAGGGACCCGUUCAGGAGUGUGGACU